AUGAUAAUCGGUGGCGGCAAUGAUGCCUCUAUCAAUGGCAUGAAGUUUACCACCACUCACAAGCUCAAGCGGUCUAUCACCCGCGAACGGUAUGGCAGACUCGAAGAAAGUAUCAUCUUCGAUGAGUUGGAUGCCGACGAUUUGACUUUUCCUCAUAAUGAUGCCCUCGUUAUUACUUUAUGCAUUUUAGAUACCGAUAUCAAACGUAUCGUGGUGGAUGAUGGAAUUGGCGCAUGCAUUAUCCAUCCCCGAGUCUUUACCCAAAUGAGACUCGAGAAUAAGAUAGUGUCACGUUGUAUCACGCUAACCGGUUUUAAUAAUGCAGUUGAGCGGACAUCCGGGGAAAUUACACUCCCCGUCUUGGAUGGUGGCAUGACUCUAGAGACAACAUUCCACAUCAUGGACCAGGCCACCACGUACAAUGCCAUAGUGGGACGACCAUGA